CCUCCCUCCUUCCCUUCCCGCUCUUCUCCCGCGCCGCUUUGCCAGAGGAGCGCCGGCUGGGCAUGGCUGGGGUCUGCUGCUGCUGCUGCUGCGGGGCUCUGGAGCAGAGGGCGAAGGAGCAGGUCAUUAUUGCAGAUUGUUGGACCUGGUACAGAAGAAUACACUUCAAGGUUUGCUGGUAUGGGUAAUCUUCUUAAAGUCCUUACCAGGGAAAUUGAAAACUACCCACAUUUUUUCCUGGAUUUUGAAAAUGCUCAGCCAUCAGAUGGAGAAAGAGAAGUAUGGAACCAAGUCAAUGCUGUCCUACAGGAUUCAGAAAGCAUGCUGUCCGACUUGCAGUCUUACAAAGGAGCUGGACAAGAGAUUCGAGAUGCGAUACAAAAUCCAAAUGAUAUCCAGCUUCAGGAGAGAGCCUGGAAUUCAGUGUGUCCUCUGGUUGUGAGGUUGAAGAGGUUCUAUGAAUUUUCCCUUCGACUAGAGAAAGCGCUGCAGAGCUUACUGGAAUCUUUGACUUGCCCUCCGUAUACACCAACUCAGCAUUUAGAGCGAGAACAGGCCUUAGCAAAGCAGUUUGCAGAGAUCUUGCAUUUUACUCUUCGCUUUGAUGAACUCAAGAUGAGAAACCCAGCUAUUCAGAAUGACUUCAGUUAUUAUCGGAGAACAUUGAGCCGCAACAGAAUAAACAAUAUGCAUCUCGACAUUGAGAGUGAAGUGAAUAACGAGAUGGCUAACAGAAUGUCCCUGUUUUACGCAGAAGCUACACCAGUGCUGAAAACUCUGAGCAAUGCCACAACACGUUUUGUUGCAGAAAACAAAACUCUGCCAAUUGAGAAUACAACAGACUGUCUGAGCACAAUGGCUAGUGUAUGUAAAGUCAUGCUGGAAACACCAGAAUACAGAAGUAGGUUCACGAGUGAAGAAAGCCUUAUGUUCUGCAUGAGAGUCAUGGUUGGCGUUAUCAUUCUGUAUGACCAUGUUCAUCCUGUGGGAGCUUUUUCCAAGGCCUCCAAGAUAGAUAUGAAGGGUUGCAUAAAAGUUUUAAGGGAAGAGCCACCAGACACAGUUGAAGGACUCUUGAAUGCUCUCAGGUUCACCACGAAACAUCUGAAUGAUGAAUCAACUUCAAAACAAGUUCGAGCUAUGCUUCAGUAGCACUCUCCUUUGACAAAUGGACUUUUGUAUUAUUUAGAGAACAUGUUUGUUUACAUAAUUUAAUAGUGUGUGGUGUUAAUACAUAUGCGUAGUUUACAUAAUAGAACAACUGGUUUCUUCCUGUUGCUGUAAUAUGUGGACUUUGUAUCAAUAACAUGACUGACUGACUAUAGGGCACAGCAACCAUUUCUAUGGCUAGCCUUGCUACUAUUCAACAGUUUUAAAAGGUACCUUUAAUUUGAAUAUAUAAAUAACAGCAUUGUCUAUGUGCCUUGCUUUCUUGUUGGUUGGCUGGUUGGGUUUGUUCGUUUGUUUUCGUGGAAGUAUCCAGAUGUUUUGUGUUGUGGCCUCUGAGCAGUUCUACAAAUGGACACAUGCCUAUCAUAGAGCUUGGAAAAAUCAUUUUUGGGCUGUAACUUCCGGAAUCCUCUGGACAGAUGACUAGUAGAGAUAUUUGUUGGUGAUUCUGGCAGUUGUAGUCCCACAAAAGUCAAUGGUUUCAUGUUCUGGCUUGUGAAGACCUUGGAAUAUAGAAUCUUGUACAGACUGAUAUGACUUGAUCAGUCUCCCCUCAACUCAAUCUGUAGCCAUUGAGUGUAUCACACAAUGGAUAACUGAGUACAUUACUCCCUUUAACACUAAUACACAUAUUGUGUAGGCUGUUGAGGUCCUCUGUUUUGGUGGAAGAAGUUUCCUUUUCCUGAUAAUUUCACAAGGUUCUCCACUGAGGACCACCAUUUUUUAAAACAAACAAACAUUGACAUUUCUGUAGCUGUAUAUCUGCAGAGAACUUCUUCACAUAUGAAUUCUUGAUAUUAAGAAAUACUGGCCCAGUUCAGAUAUAUAUAUGUUGGAUUAUUAAGCCAAGAUGUGCAAAAGCCUUGUGCCUGCACACUCUCUAACUGUAUCAUGUAUUUCCUCCUCUUUCUCCACAUGCCACAAUUCAGCAGUUCACAUCACUGAUUCAUUCAGACUGGGAAACUUUCAUUUCUAGAGUUUAAUAUAGCCCAGCUCUUAAACUGACCAAACUUUUAAAGGAAAAGAUUACAAGGGCAAAAUGUUAGAGAACAAAGCUCUUAUAUAUCUCAACUGAAGCCAAAAUACAGCAUAUGUUUGGAUCAGGCCAAUAUGUGGGACUGCGCAGAAGCCCAGCAAAAGAUGGGCAGCACUGCUGUAUAUAUCUUUGCCUGGUUUUGUAUGCUCUUGUCAUAAAUUGCACUGAGAUUGGCUUUAUUCCAUAUGGGAUUCCUUGCUUUUCUCUUUAUGCUUUCUCUCCACUGCUCAGAGAGCUCUGCAUGCGAUGGGGGAUGCCACUCAUAUUUAUUAACAACAUGAUGUUGGAGUUCACACUUUCUCUUGCCUUGGAAAUCUGUGGAUUCAGGCUUAGACUCAGAACUAGGCCUCCCAACUCAUCUGAUCUAUAACUCCCAGUGAAGUCAGUUGAGACCCACAUGGAAGAAACUUUCCCAAGAACCAAUUAUUUUUGACAUCAUUGAUUGAAAGAUUUAUUUAGCGGGAUCUUCACAUCAUUUGAUGCUCCCUAUCAGCAAUUGAAACUGCUAGCUCAGUAACCUCUUGUGUUUUGUAUAUUUCAAUGUUUUGAGAUUCCUUCCGGUUUUUGUUAAGCCACCUUACAAAAUAUUAGAAAAUUACAAAAUAAAAAAUGAGCAGUUUUCUGUUUUUCAGUUCCUGUAUUUGAAAUAGUGGGUCAAAUUUUGGUUAUGUUUGUGGUGUAAUAAGUGGGUAGAGAAAAUUCCAGAGAUUUGGUGACCUUGGGAGACAUACAUAUCUUGUUUUUAACUGGCUUCAUUCCUAUGAUAUUCUCAUAAUUUUGCUCCUUUCCUGCCUAAACCCCUUGGUUUUGGGAAAAUUACUCUGAAAACUAAGUAUUUCCUGGCAACAACCAUGUCCCAUAGAUAACAUACUUGUCUACGUUAUUUUCAGUAUUUUAUAGUUUUACUAGAAGGAAAUCGGCUCAUAAAUUCCUGGUUAAAUAAAUAGCAGUCCAUUCAUUUUACGCAUAAUGAAACAAAAUGUCUAGAACCAAAUAUUCUUUAAACUCUAUUUCUAAAGUCAUGCUCUGUGAGUCCUAAAUUUAUUUUAUGUCUAGGAAUAUCAGGUAGUUUGAAGUGUGUUGGAAUUGCCAUAGCUUGUCUUUUGCUCAGGUAUCUCAUGCCACACAUCUAUGUCAACAUGAGAAUGUAUGUUAUUGCUGGUAACAGAUACAAUACUUUCCUUAAGUUCAGAAACUCAGUGCAACUCAACUUCAGGACACACAUUUUACACUGCACUAACUUAAUCGUUUGUACAUUGCACAGCACUUGUGUUCACUUCUACCACAGUGACAUUGCAGGUGCUUACUUCAAGUUAAUAAAGAGUUAGUAAGCCGCCCCGAGUCCCUUCGGGGAGAUGGGGCGGGAUAUAAGAAUAAAUUUAUUAUUAUUAUUAUUAUUAUUAUUAUUAUUAUUAUUAGACAACAGGCAAAAAUGAUUCCGUUAUGUCAGAGUUAAUUUGUUUACAAGAAAGCCAUUCUAUUCCAGUUUAUUGCUGUGUUCAUCAGCUGGUCUUUAUGUUUCAAUUCCAGGCUGGUUCAAAUAUCGCAUUUUCAGGCAGCAAAGUUUCUGCAUUCAGCUGCAUUUGUCUUACUACAGAGGAGAAUCCCCAAACAAAGAACAGUUUUUGGCAGUUACACGUUUGAUUGUCAUGAACAUGAUCUGCAGUAGUUGUGAUGUUGUUCGCUUAUACAGGUUUAAAAAGAAAAAGAAAAUGCUAUCUUUUCAAUAUGGAAUGUGGUAUUUCAUAUUUAUAUCCUGUAGAGUUUACCACAUUCCUUUGCUAUUGUUCCAAUUACCCAAGAUCUAUGUAGACUGAUUUGUAUGUCUGUAUUUGAAUUGUUGGAAACUUGGGACUCUGACAACAUAGACAGGUAAGAUGUUUUAGGCUCACUACAAACCCAAAAGCUAAAUAUUUCAGAUUAGUCAUGCAGAUAUAAUAAUAAUGAUAAUAAUAAUGAUAAUAAUAAUAAUAAUAAUAAUUUAUUUAUAUACCGCCCUAUCUCCUCAAGGACCUCAGAGCGGUUUCCAACAUAAUAGGAAACAUACAGUGAGUUAAAACAUACAGCAGUUAAAACCAUUAUACACAUAAAUGGUAUAAAACUGAUAGUCAUAAAAGAUGUUGGUUUGGAGUAAGCAAAUUGCUUGGGGCAAGGAUUUAUAUCUGCCUUUAAUUUGUACAGGAAGCUUUUCUAGCUGUGAAAUAUUCUGAAAUAACACGUGGUAAUGUAUAAUGCAGCUUACGUUUCAUUGCAAAUAAACACAAAAACCUAGGCUGUUCAGAGGAAUUAGUCAUCGUGACAGAUACCUUAUAUUAAGAAGGAUUCCAGCCAUGAGAAAGUGUGCCUGCUAACAAAGAAUGAAGAACUGCAACACAGGGUGUAUCAAUACUGCAUAAGUAAUGCAGUUUGACACCUCUUUAACUGACAUGACUCUGCUAUGUAAUUUGUAAUUAUUGGGUAUUACUUUGUUUCAUGCAAUAACAUGUGUGCCAUUCUCCUGACCAAUCAAAUUUCUCAUCAGACCCAUCAUUUAUUUGUAUUCGCAAAAUUUUAUGUGUACAGUGGAGGGACGCUCUAGAACAGAUUUUAGGUUUUUUUAUGUGGAAGAAAGGGAACGAAACCUUUUAUACUUAGAGUGGGAACUUUCUCACAAAAUACAGUAGAGUCUCACUUAUCCAACUUUCACUUAUCCAACACUCUGGAUUAUCCAAUGCAGUCUGCCUCCCACCUGAAUCCGCAGCUGUUUCUCUAAGCAGCAAGGACUGCACUUUUUAAGGAUUUAGUUUGCAACAAUGUUGUUACUGUAAGUUAAUUUUAUGCAAUUCUAUCUUUAUUUGUAGUCAAUUUGUUAGUAGCCAAAGUUUUUGUAGUCAAUGUUUUCAAUGCUUUGCAAUGUUUUGGUGCUAAAUUUGUAAAUACAAUAAUUACUACAUAACGUUACCAUGUAUUGAACUGCUUUUUCUGUCGAUUUGUUGUAAAACAUGAUUUGGUGCUUAAUUUGUAAGAUCAUAACGUAAUUUGAUGUUUCAUAGGCUUUUCCUUAAUCCCUCCUUAUCCAACAUUUUUGGUUAUCCAAUGUUCUGCCGGCCUGUUUAUGUUGGAUAAGUGAGACUCUACUGUAUUAGCUUUAACACUUGGGUAGAAAUGGUGAUGAGGGGACUUGGAAAUCAAGGGUAUGAAAUUAUGCAAGUACUCACUAUCCUUGAUAAAAUGAACUUCAGAUAAAAUUCACACUGGUACUCCAACCAUGGUGUGUUUCAAGAUUGUUAAAUAAUAUGAUUUAUUCCUGAUACUUUAAGCAGGUACCUUGCUUAAGAUUCAUCUGAAGGACCAUGAAAUAAAUAAUCAGUUUCAUUUUGGCACAGAUGAAAUCAGAUGAUUUACGAGUCUCUUCCAAAUCAUUUCUAUACUAUUGAUUUAAGGUAUGAAAGCAAUGACCCUCAAAAAAAAUCUGUGGUUGCUGCAAGGAUUUAGGGAUGUCAACUCCUUAUUCUUCCCUCUACAAGCAAAUGUGCAGAAAUUUAUUUAUCGUGUCAGAAGCAAAUUGAGGAUACAGUCAUAAUGUAUUUAAAAACACAAAGUUAAAAAUUUGGCAUUAUACUAGAUUUCCUUUGACCAGAAGCUGGCCACUUGGAGUGCCUCUGGUGUUGCUGUAAGGAGGCCCUCCAUUCUGCAUGUGGCAGGACUCAGGUUGCAUUGUAGUAAGUGGCCUGUGGUUUGCUCUUUUCCAUACUCGCAUGUUGUGGAUUCCACUUUGUAGCCCCAUUUCCUAAGAUUGCCUCUGCAUCUCGUGGUGCCAGAGCGCAGUCUGUUCAGCACCUUCCAAGUCACCCAGUCUUCUGUGUGCCUCAUCUGGUAUCAGCCAUGGAUUGAGGUUCCGGACUUUAUUAUUUAUUUAUUUAUUUACUACAUUUAUAUCCCGCCCUUCUCACCCCAAAGAGGACUCAGGGCGGCUUACAAAUAAUAUUUACAUACAGUGUAUUAUAUCACUAGCAUAGCACAACACUAGCACUAUAUACCAGCAUAUUGCACCACACCACUAUACUGUAAUAUUACCAGUAUUAGCCUGCCACUUUUAGACUCCCGCUUGCUGAGGUGUUCCUGCAAGCAUUUCUGCGGAUCUUAGGAAGCUGUUUCUUGAUUUAAGGCAUUGGUAUGGUGGCUGAUAUCCAAACAGAGCAUGGGCUGGAGAUGUCAAGGCCUUGGUCCUUUCAUUACAGGCUGCUUCUUCCUGACAAAUGUCAGGUGGUGUAAUACCAGCUAAACAGUAUAAUUUCUCCAGCGGUCUAGGGCGUUGACAUUCUGUGAUAAUGUGGCAUGUCCCAUUAAGGGCCACAUCCACUGUUUUAAUGUGGUGAGAUGUAUUCUACACUAGGCAUGCAUAUUCAGCAGCAGAGUAGUAAAAUGCAAGGGCAGAUGUGCAGAAAUGUUUGCUUAUCAUUAUACUGUCCUGCUUAUCCAUGGCUGUAUAAGUGCAGACACUAGCUUUAGGAUGAGUAGGGAGUACAGUUGCCCUCCUCUUGGUUAAGCACCACAUUGGGGUAGGAAUGCUAUGCCAGUCUGAUCAAGAGGAUUAAUGCCCACCGCAUUGGCUAAGGCUUGCAUAGUCUGGAAGCAUGGCCACUUAGUUCCAUCUUUCGGUGAGCUAGAGCUUGAGUAAUAAUCUUUUUGGUCCAUUCCCUUUUGUCUCUUACUGGACCAGUCUGUAACAUUGCCCAGGAAAACGGGUACAGUCAUAGAGUUGGAGGAGGCACAUGAGGCAUCCAGUCCAUCCCCCCUGCCAUAUAGAAACACACAAAGCACUCCCAACAGAUGGGCAUCAAGCUCAAGCCAAGUUGUUUCUCCUUUCUCUUAGCUCUGAUCACACAGAAAACAAUAACCUUGCAUAUAAAUAUAUUUUCUUGUGCAGAAAAUUGUGCAGAAAAAUUGUUUUCUGCACAAAAGAGCCAUGUGCAAAUUUUGUCAAGAAUUUGUCCUGAAUGGCAAAGAUUCUUGCCAGUUCAGGGUUCAUCAAGGCUUCUUUAAGCUUAAAAAUGUGCUUUACAACAGAUUAUCAAAUAUUUUUGAACAUUCUUUCUAUCUCUAGCAUAAAGAUCCUCCUUAUGCAAUCAUGGACUAAAGCGAUAACCAGUGGUGUAACCCAUAGCUAGCUACACAGGCAUAAUGUCUCAACAGCAUUCCAGCCAUGGACACUUAGGAAUGUCAGCCCUGAUUUCCCUGUGACAUCAAAUUUCUUUCAAGGUUAUAAAGCUGACAAACCUAAAACCACUUGAGUAUUAGCUCUGCAUCGUUUCAUUGUUAGUUCUGUUUUCUUCUAUGUAUGAACACAAAAUCCAUGAACAAAGGCUUUUUGUGUGAUUUUUUACACCAGAAACAUGUGUCAGGAAUCUUCACUAAUAAAAGUUCUUUCCUUCAACGUCACCAUCCAAACCUGGUGGGAAGGACACACAAGGAGUAAAAGCAUGGUUGUGUUUAGUAUGCUUGGUUUUCAAAUGCUCAAAUCGACCCAUCUGAUUCACAAUAUCAGAAGGGAUUGGGCAUGACUGAAUUCACUCAAAUGGCAAACAAGCAAGCUUGACAAGAACAACUGGCAGCUGGGCUUAAAUUUCAUGUAUGAAGGCUUCACUAGAUCUUAAGUUCUGUAUCCCCCAGUGCCAACCUACCCACCAAGUCUGCAGGCCACCUCAAACAAUAUCUGUAUCUGCAGAUGAUGACACAGUGAAUGUAUCCCAAGAUCCAGCCACACACGAUGUUUGUCAAGGCCAAUAUUUUCAGAGAUCAGGAAAUACAUGGUGUGAAUGUUGAAGGUUGUCAAAUGAUUCACCUGAAAAGCCUAUUUUACAAAUCUAUAAAUUGUAGACAGUAUUUGGGUUGUUUUGUUUUGUGACAGCUGUGUUCAAGUUGUUAAUCUUGAUGCAAUUAAAACACAGGCUCAGAGUUUCAAAUGUAUGUGAUUCUGUUUUUUAUCUUUCUGGACUGGAAGAGAAUAUGGCUUGUAUUUUAUUGUACUAUAGCAUCAUUUUUUGGUUGAAUUUUGCGGCAUAAUGUGCUAUAUUUAAAGCAUCCGGUGCCGUUUUCAGUCUGUCUGAUCUGUUUCCCAUCAAACAUAUUUCUCUUUCGUUGUUCCUUUCAACUUUUUUUUUUAACGGAUUGUGCCCUAUCUCAGAAACUUUUCUUACACUUCAUUUCUUAGGAACUGGAGCUUCUAAAUGGUAACUUUUCAAUUUGUAUAUGCUUCAAAGUAGAUCUUUUGGGCCUUGGGGGCAUGGGGAAAUCUUACACUGUUGUUUUGCAUUUCAACUAACGCUAAUGUUUAUUUGCUGAGGGCAGAGGAAGAACUGGUUGGAGAAAAAAGGAAAAUGUCAAAAAUGAAUAAUAAAAUGAUAUAUAAACAGAA